AUGAGACUGAUUUGCCUAAGAUUGCAUCUACCUCAAGCCUCCUCGAAGGCAAAAGAAGCCACGGGUUUCUUCCGAUCGGAUAGUCUUCCUCGAAAACAGGUUGAGGGCCAUGGAGUCAUUUCUACCGCUAGCACCGGCAAUGUCUUCAACGGUUGCAGUCCCGACAGUAACAGCGCCCAUCAGCUCAUAUCAAUAUCCCGCUACCCCUAG